ACUGCCCGGUCCCCGAGGCUAGAAGCCAAGCGUCUGUUUGGGCUUCUUGCCCCCAACCCGAGAGUCCACUCUGGAGAUCUUAAAGACUCUCGAGAAAAGCCACGUGGGAGGCUGGUUCCCAUGGGGCUACCUACCGUCCCCCGAUUGCCUGAUUCUCUGGAGUGUCCCCGACGUCUGCAAAGAUGUCGAUCUGGAUGUGUUGGUGGAGGCCUUAAGGCCUGUGGGCACCUUUAAGAAGAUCGGGAAGGUGUUCCGCAAAGAGGAGGACUCCACGGUGGGGAUGCUGCAGAUCGGGGAGGAUGUUGACUAUCUGCUCAUCCCCCGGGAGGUCCGGCUGGCUGGGGGCGUGUGGAGAGUCAUCUCCAAACCUGCCACCAAGGAAGCUGAGUUUCGGGAGCGGCUGAGCCAGUUCCUGCAGGAGGAGGGCCGCACCCUGGAAGACGUGGCCCGCAUCAUCGAAAAGAGCACUCCGCACCCACCCCAACCCCGCAAAAAAGUCAACGAACCCCGAGUGAGGAGAGUCCCGCAGAUGGUCACUCCUCCACUUCGGCUGGUCGUAGGCACCUAUGACAGCAGCAAUGCCAGCGACAGCGAGUUGAGUGACUUCGAGACCUCCAAAGCCAAAGGCAACCGGGGCUCCCAGAGGACCAGGAGGGUACGCAAAAUGCCCGUCAGUUACUUGGGCAGCAAAUUCCUGGGCAGCGACGUGGAGAGCGAGGAUGAUCAGGAGCUCGUGGAGGCCUACCUCCGCCGUGGGGAGAAGAAGCCCAGCGCGCCCCCUCAACGUCGCCGGGUCAAACUUCCAGUGCCCAUGUUUGAGAACAACCCGGGGCCCCAGCCAUCCAAGGCGGGCAGAUGGAGGGAGUACGUCAGCCAGGUGUCCUGGGGGAAGCUGAAACGGAGGGUGAAGAGCUGGGCGCCCAGAUCAGGCUCCGACGUGGGUGAGGCCCAACAAGCCGCCUUAGCAGCUGAGAGGGUUGGAGAACUGAGACACAGCCACACCAGCCCGGAAGAUGACAGCUUCAGAAACUCGGCAGAUCGGAGUGAGCAAAUGUUGGGUACCAGAUGCUGGAAGCCCAAGAUCAAGUGGGCCUCCUUGAGACGGUGCAGAAAGGAGCAAGCGCCACCCCUAGCUCAGGGGACAGGCAUGCUAGCUGGGAGGCCCCCAGGGGCUGCAGAGGACCAGGGGGCAGAGGUUCCAGCCGAACAUGGGGCAGAGGCUGCUGCUAACCAGAGGGCAGAGGCUGCCGCUAACCAGAGGGCAGAGGCUGCCGCUAACCAGAGGGCAGAGGCUGCCGCUAACCAGAGGGCAGAGGCUGCGGCUAAUCCGAGGGCAGAGGCUGUGGCUAGUCCGAGGGCAGAGAUUGCGGCUAGUCCGAGGGCAGAAGCUGCGGCUAAUCCGAGGGCAGAGGCUGCGGCUAGUCCGAGGGCAGAAGCUGCGGCUAGUCCGAGGGCAGAGGCUGCGGCUAGUCCGAGGGCAGAGGCUGCGGCUAGUCCGAGGGCAGAGGCUGCGGCUAGUCCGAGGGCAGAGGCUGUGGCUAGUCCGAGGGCAGAGGCUGCAGCUAGUCAGAGGGCAGAGGCUGCAGCUAGUCAGAGGGCAGAGGCUGCAGCUCAUCUGAGGGCAGAGAUUGCAGCUAGUCUGAGGGCAGAGGCUGCAGCUGACCCAAGGGAAGAGGCUACAGCUGAACCAAGGGCAGAGGCUGCAGCUAGUCCGAGGGCAGAGGCUGUGGCUAGUCCGAGGGCAGAGGCUGCAGCUAGUCCGAGAACAGAAGCUGCAGCUGAUCCAAGGGAAGAGGCUACAGCUAGUCCGAGGGCAGAGGCUGCAGCUAGUCCAAGGGCAGAGGCUGCAGCUAGUCAGAGGGCAGAGAUUGCAGCUCAUCUGAGGGCAGAGAUUGCAGCUAGUCUGAGGGCAGAGGCUACAGCUGAACCAAGGGAAGAGGCUACAGCUAGUCCAAGGGCAGAAGCUGUUGCUACCCAGAGGGCAGAGGCUACAGCUAACCAGAGGGCAGAAGCCCUACCUGACCAGAGGGCAGAAGCCAUAGAUAGUCAGAGGGCAGAAGGCCCAGCUAACCAAGGGAAUGGAGCUGCAGAAAAUCAGAGGGUGGAGGCCCCAGCUGACCACAGGGCAGGCAUCCUCCAUGACCAGAGGGAGGAGGCUGGACCUCAGGCUAUGCCAGAAGCCUCGGAUGGUUCUGGAUCCUCAGCUAGGGUCCGGAAACAGGUAAAAACAGUGAGGUUCCAGACCCCAGGACGCUUCCUGUGGUUUCGAAAGCGCAGGAGAGCCCUCUGGCACGCUCCCCGCUUGCCAGCCCUGCCCAAGAGAGUCCCCAAGGCAGGUGAGGCUAGGAGCCUCAGGGUGCUGAGGGCUGAAGCUAGAGCAGAGGUGGAGCAUGGAGAGCAAGAAGAGCAGCUGUGAGGGGAAGCGCAGUGCCCCUGUGCCCUGCCUGCCCCUUGUUAGCUGCUAGGAUGCC